AUGUCGCUUCAACAUUUGGAGAAUGUUGUCAAUGCUUCUGCAAAAGUAGCGUCACUUGAUUUUCCAUCGCUCCAAGGGCGUGUGGAUGUAUUGACUGAUCGAACAGCUGCUCGAGGAGCUAUUAGAGACGCAUUUAUGCAUGAAAGGAAACUUUUUACGAUGGUCGACGAGGGAGGAGUGCUUACCCGACCGCAAUUCGAACCUCCAACCCCUUUACGAGGUGCAGGUCCGUUGACUGUUGAAAGACUUAUAAGAGGUGCAAACGUUUUAGCACAGAUAUGUGGUCUUGCAGAUGCCAAAAAAUAUAUCGCUACUCUGAAUCAACGCAAUGAAGAGAUAACAUCGUCGAUAGAUUCAUUGGAAUCUAUAUUACAAAAGCAAGAGAUAAAUCUUGGCAAGCUUAAAACUAACGAAAAGCCGAAUCCAGCUCUCGAAGAAGAAAUAAAGCGCGAAAAUAUGGAAAUAUUUGCAUUAGAAGCGCUAGUCAAGGAGAACCAAGACAUGAAUGAUGCUCUGGAUGCAAAGUUGUAUGAUCAAAGAUAUCAGGCGGAAGAAGCUCGCAUGAGCAAGCAAAUGCGCUCGGCUGACGAUGAAGAACGCAAGAAAUUAGCCGAACGGGUGCAGGAGCUUGAAACGCUUCGACAAGUUUUAGACGAAAUAGAAUCAAAGAUCAGUUUACUAGAUGAAGCAGAAACCGAGCGAGAAACAGAGGAUACUGAAUUUGGUCGUCUGAAAGCACGAUAUAACGCAUUAAUACGAGAUAAUACGACGAGAAUGUCAACAGAUGCUCUGUCUAAUAAUAAAACUUCCGAACUCUCCCUAAAAAUACACACGUUAAUGACUACAGCAGAGGAUGAAUUAGAGAAAUUAAUGGAAGACCGCCGCAAAUAUGACCUCCUCGAUUGUGAUGUUGACGUACUGGCGGAAAUAAAUAGUACAAUCACAGAUCAUGUAGCUGCUGGAUCGUACCCUGACAUUAAUCAAGACACUACUACAAACUUGAGCUCGACUUCUCAGAUCAUUCUCUGCGCAAUAGUAUUACAAAUUAUACGUGAUGCUAAUGGAAUCAUUCCAUUGGCAAGUCUGAAAGAGAAGAUUGGACAAGCUGCGCGUGAGCAAGGGUUACAGGAAAGUCAAGGUGUGUCCGCUGUGUAUAUGCUCGUAGCUAAUAGAUUGAUCAGUAUCGAUCGACUACAAAAAGAUAAUCCCGUUAGAGCUGACAUGUGGAUAACUAACACGUAA